AGUUAACAAUGGUUGCAACAAACAAACCUUCUUAUAGGGUGUACUGCAGGGCUUCCCCUAACUACAAUCUAGCCGUCCGUCAAGGCAUAGCCAUUCUUGUCCCUAUUGAUGAAAAUGAUCAUCGCCAGCAUUGGUACAAAGAUGACAAGUACAACAAUAAGACAGACAAUUGGGGCUUUCCUGCCUUUUCUCUCGUUAAUAAAGCAACUGGUCAAACCCUAAAGCAUUCCUUCGGUCAUCCUGUUCCUGUGAGAUUGGUUACUUACAAUCCCGAUGUUCUUGACGAGUCUGUCUUGUGGGCACUAGCAGAGGAUCGUGGUGAAGGUUACAGGUCUAUAAGGAGUCUUAAGUGUGCAUCACAUUUGGAAGCUGCAGCUUAAUUUGAACGAUUAUUCUUAUCAUGGUGCUAUAAUUAUGGGAGGGAUCUAGAUGAACGGAAAUAACCAGCAAUGGAAAAUUGAGCCCCACAAUAAGGAAUAUAGAAAUCACACUAGUCUCUUUUUUACUUCUUUUUAUAGUAAUAUAUUUUUACACGUCUUCUCCGAUCUCCAAUCAUAAAUGCAGAUUGAAUACUUGUGAUGGUGUUGCCUUCUCUAGGAGCCGUAAUGUAUUUGUGCUAGGUGAUGCAUGGCUUUCCAAGGAUGCAUGCCACUCUCUCUUUGUGUGUUUCAUGUUUCUACUAUAUAAUAAAAGCUUGAUAUGACUGUCAUUCGAGA